GGAGGGAUAGAGAGAGAGAGAGAGAGAGAGCACAGGGUCAGCUUAUUACUUACUAAUGUAUUGAUGUUGGUCAGCAGAGAGAGAGAGAGAGAGCUCUUACCAGAAGACUGACACGGGGGGGGGGGGGGGGGGGGGGGCGGGGAGGAGAAGAAGAGAGAGUGAUAGCUCAAACCUGCCCCGUCCAUCCCCCCCCUCGUCCACCUCCUGGCUUUUCCCCCCCUCCUCUUUUCCUCUCCUACUGGCCUCCCUCUCUCCCUGUCAGCAGUCCCCUCCUCUCCUCCUUCCCUCCGUCCCCGCGUGUGAGAGCAGCAUGGAGCCCAGCAGCCCCAAGAAGAUCCAGUUCUCUGUUCCUCCUCUCCAGAACCAGCUGGACCCCCAGGCUGCAGAACAUAUCCGUCGGAGGAGACCGACCCCAGCUACCCUGCUCACCUACCAAGAUCUGUCUGGAGAAGUGGAAGACAAGCAUGGGGCCAGUGGGGUGACAGACGGUUCCAAUGUGUCUCAGAGGAAUCCGAGCCAUGCCCCGCCCUCAAUCAAAGAUUUGCAGCAGCACCUUCAGAGGCACGAACAGCCGGAGGCGGGAUUCUGUGAAAACAGUCUAAUCGCAACCCAGCACUUUGGGAACACAGCGCAAUGGGCUAAUCAAAAUGGGCCUGAUGAGCCCAAUGGCAAUGAGGCGUACCUACUGCUAGCCAAUGAGGAGCUAGCGCUGGGUGAGCGCGACUGUGUGGGGGAACCUUCCAGCAGCCAACAAGAGAACCUGUCCAGCUCAGAGUCUGUCUCUCGAUAAACUCCUCAUUUUUCUCGUUCUUUUGUCUUUUAUUCUUACUUUUCCCAGCUCUCAUCCUUCGCGUCCUCCUCCUUCCCUUCUCCUUGCCCCGCUAUCAUCCUCGUCCACCUCUCUUUGCUGCUCUCAGAUCCUCUCCUCCAAUCACAAACGUGUAUGUCUCAACCGGUUCACCCAAAGAGUUUUGUGUUUUACAGUUGAUAUCCAAUAGGAUUAUGGUAGGAUGUUAUCUCUGUUAGAACGUUCUUACACUUACACAGUAAUGGACUUUAAUAAAAGAUGAGACAUAAAACAUUUCGGUGCAUCUCUCUGAGCUCUAUUGACUUGGUGGAAUGGUGGUGUGUAUGUGUGUGUGUGUGUGCCUGUGUGCUUGUCUGUAUAGAGAGAACACUUAACACUGAAAUAUUGCAGGUAGCUUGAAAUGCUGUUUGUGUAAAUGUCUGCCUGUCUGUCUAUUUGCCUUCUUGUGUGUCUGUGUGUCUCUGUCUGCCUGCAGCAUG